AGCCAAGAGGCUUCUGAGAGGGUCACACAACGUGGAGAUAACAUUUUAUCUCAUUUCCCUCCUGCGGGGAAUAUUAGUGUGCAACUUCCUGGUACUUGGAUGACUUUUUUCAUUUUAUUUUUUAUGACAGUCAAGCCAUCCUUUUCCUCGUGUAUAAAAGAAGUGCACAUUUCCUCAUGAGUCACACUUGCUGCUUCACUCGUCUUCAAACCACUCAGCCACUAGACCCAAAGUCGAGAUGACUUUGUUCGACAACAUUUAUCCUUUCUACCAUAUGCGGAGGACAUCUUUCAUCUUCAGCGGUCACUUGUUCACUGUUAUCGUUUGUUUCGUCGUGCUGACGCUCUGUCUGCUACUCAUCCUACCCGGGAUUCGAGGCAAGUCGCGACUGCUCUGGCUGUUCAGGAUCCUUUUGAGCUUCUAUAUCAGUGCUGUCAUCGUGGCACUCAACUUUACUAACACUUGGGCUGAAGCCCGUAUGAUGACAAACACUACCUACAAGUCUUUCAGCAAUGCACUGGUGAACGCUGACAUUGGCUUACAUGUUGGCCUGUAUGGCAUUAAUGUUACACUAAAAGGAAAUCCUGUUGUCCAGUUGAACGAAACUAUCGACUACAAUGAGAUGUUCAGCUGGAGUGACACUAUUGAGCAGGAAUAUAAGGAAGCGUUGGCGAAAGGACUGCCAAACCCAAUCCUGUACAUUGCAGAGAAAUUCACUCUCAGCAGCCCGUGCGGCCUCAUCUUUCACUACAGGCACUCUGGGCAAUACGCAUCUGCAACUCUCUGGACGGCCUUUUGCUGCUGGAUGCUGGCCAACAUCCUUCUUUACAUGCCAGUCAUUUUAUACGCCGGCUACAUGAUGCUGGCCACGGCCGCCUUCAUCUUCAUUUCUACGGCCACCUUCAGCUCCAUCAUGCACGCGUCCCAGUGUGUUUUCUCCAUCGGAGCAGUCUCCUUUGAAAUUGAAUACAGCUUUUCAUUCUGGCUGGCUCUGGCUACUGGUGUGCUGUGCACAGUCGUCGGCGUUCUGGUGGUGAUAAUGAACUUUAUGGUACCGGAGAAGAUAAAGGAGGCUUUCAGUGUGGGUGUUGACAGUUGGGAAGAUGAGGAUGUUUCUUACGGACAGACGCACCGGAAUCCAGCCUUCAUUGAUGACGUAACAGUCUCUCCAUGCCCAUUCACAGAGGUCACAGUGGAAGAGGUCUGAGUCCCUGUCGGAAACUUUCCUAGUCAAUACUUGAAGAGGGGUUGCGUCAGGAAGGGCAUCCGGUAUAAAAACUGUGCCAAACAAAUAUGAGCGUUCAUCCGAGAUGUUACGCUGUGGCGACCCCUAACGGGACAAGCUGAAAGAAACUUACUUACUUACUUACUUACUUGAAGACUUACUGAAUGUUUUCAAGAGAGAAUGUUGAAUUUCACUUCAAAUGUCUGUGUAUGUUUCUAGACAAUAGUGAUUUGACGUAACUGUAUUUGUAAAUGCAAAAUGAUUUUGUAUGGGAUCCAUGCACUUUAGUGUUAAUAAACACAACUUUUUUUUCUGUCUUUUUUUUUUUUUAUAAGUCCGGCAUUAGCCUAUAAUUAUUUUUGCAGGUCAUGAGAAAUUAAAAAUGUCCUUUAGGAUUCGGGCAAAUAUACUGCUAAUGAAACACAGUAUGGCAUAUUUCCUGUUAUGUAUUGAAGCAAGAAUAUAUACUCUUGCUAAUUAUAGUUGUUAUUCAAACAGCUGUAAUUUAAAUAAUU